AUGGCAGCCAUCACAGUUCACAACUCGCUAAAGCCCGGGUCGCCGGUGCCUUUUGUGCCCAGGGAGGAGGGCAAGGUCUCCUGGUAUGCUUGCGGUCCGACUACAUACGACUUGAGCCAUCUCGGACAUGCCCGCAACUAUGUUUCCACCGACAUCAUCCGCCGUAUCCUUAUCCAUCACUUUGGCUUGAACGUCAACUUCGUUAUCAUUAUCAAAGCCAGGAGGAAGCGACUGCUCGAGCUCGAAAAAGAGAAACCCUACUCCCCCAGCCACAUUAGGGAGCUUGCGUUUAAAGCAUUCCAGGCUUACGCUGAAAGCAACCUCCCUCUCCUAGCCGGAGCGGGGCAGUCAGCCGUGGACGAGCACAACUACCCGGAGCGGAAAGAGGCCGCUUACGGCCAUGUGUUGGCAGGCGGUUCCUUGUCAGGGGAGGGCAAGCCCGGCGAUGCGGAAGCCAAGGUGAAGAUGCAUCUCGGCAAUAUGGACGCUGCGGCGAAGUCUCUCAAGGAUAGUUCCGGGUUUGAUGGCGCCGAAGAGGUCCUCCUUCCGUACCUCGAUUCCUUGUACAAGGAAACGAUCGACACUAGCGACCAGACCAUGUUCACCGAUCUCACACAAGCCAUGGAGAAGGCGUUCAGCGAUGAUAUGGAGGCCCUCAAUGUCCUACCCCCGGACGCAGUGACACGAGUAACCGAGUAUGUCCCGCAGAUCGUGUCGUUUGUCGAGCAGAUCAUCGCCAAGGGGUUUGCGUACGAGGCCAAUGGCUCGGUGUACUUCGAUAUCGCGGCCUUUGAGCAGGCCGGCAACACGUACGCCCGGCUGCGACCCGAGAGCAAGAACGACAAGGCGCUGCAGGAGGAGGGAGAGGGCUCGCUGUCCAAGAGCCUGGAGGGAAAGAAGCGGUCUGGCGACUUUGCCUUGUGGAAGAAGUCGAAACCUGGAGAGCCAUUUUGGCCCAGUCCCUGGGGCGCCGGUCGCCCUGGUUGGCAUAUCGAAUGCUCCGUCAUGGCCUCGGACAAGCUCGGUGAACAGAUGGAUAUCCACUCUGGCGGCAUCGAUUUAGCAUUUCCUCAUCACGACAACGAGCUGGCUCAGAGCGAGGCCUACUUUCACCAAUACGAAAGGGGCGAACACUCUUGGGUCAACUACUUUUUGCAUAUGGGUCACCUGUCAAUCGCAGGGAGCAAGAUGUCCAAGAGCUUGAAAAACUUCCAGACCAUCCAAGACGCUCUAGCGACGACCUACACUGCCCGCAACAUGCGCAUCGUAUUUCUCAUGGGCCGCUGGAACGACGGGGUCGAGAUCUCUGGGGACAUGCGGAAACAGGCGGACAGCUGGGAGAGCACGAUCGAUAACUUCUUCACCAAUGUCAAGGCGAAACUAGCAGAAGCUGGGUCAACGGCGGACGGGAUCAAGGGCCGGUCUCUUGAGGAGGCCACAAGCCUGACCGAGGAGCUGGAGCAAGCCAAGAAGGAUCUCGAUUCGGCGCUGCGCAACUCCUUUGAUACCCCCGGCGCGAUGCAGGUGAUCCUCCGGCUGGUCAAGAACGCAAAUAUUUACAUGAACGACAAGUCUGCCCAACCCAACCUACAGGCUAUCGAAGCCGUUGCGAGGUGGGUAACCAAAAUUGUCGGCAUUCUUGGCCUAGACGCCAGCGCGCAGCCUCCGUAUAACGGCCUCGGGUGGGCCUCUGCUAGCGCGGCGGCGGCUGCCAACCUCGAACCCAAGGUAGCUGUGAAGCCGUAUGCGGAAGCGUAUGCCAAAGUGAAGGCGGACGUCGAGCGGUUAAAGCUCGCCAAUACCCCAAUCCAAGAUCUUCUCCAACAGCAAACGCCAGAAGCCGAAUUUGCCGAGCUGGAGAAAACCGGGGAGCGGGACGUGGAGAAGCUGGCGAUGCCUUACCUGAGGGCAACCUCGAGCCUGCGAGACGAGUUGCGGGCGGUUGUCUCAGCCCUGGAAUCCCCAAGCAAACAGGCCGUGCUUACACUCAGCGACCGUAUCCGCGACUAUGACCUCACCGACCUCGGCGUCCAGCUUGACGACCAAACCGACAAGCCGAGCUUGAUCAAGUUCGUUCCUGCGUCCAAGCUCAUCGCUGCGCGAGACGAAAAAGCGGCGCUGCUAGCAGAAAAGGCUAGGCAAAAGGAAGAGGCCCGGAAGGCGAGGGAGAAGGCGGAGGAAGAAAAGUGGGCCAAGGCCAAGCUGUCUCACAAAGACAUGUUCAAGGCCGACGCCAAGUACCAGGAGUGGGAUGCCGAUGGGCUUCCGACCAAGCUCGCGGAUGGCAGCGAGGUGCCCAAGAGCCAGGUCAAGAAGCUGAAGAAGGAGUGGGAGAGGCAGAAGAAACUACACGAGGAGUACCUCGCUAAGUCCGGGGGCGCCUAG